ACGAAAACGAGGCUCUGAGCCUGGUUGAAUGUUUAUGUCAGCCAUUGUCAACGGAUAGCCCCCGUCAGCAGAAGUUGAGUUCAGCAAUCGUUGUUCAUCUUGUUGACUGGUGCAUGUUGCGCCGUCAGACUGAUAUAGAAGUGUUCAGGAUUGGUUUUUCUAAGUGUUUUGCUGCAUAUUUUCCACGUUGUGUACAUUUGUAUGUGAACAGCUAGUUGCAAAGUGACGCAAGUAAAACCGGUUCUGAAAUCGAAGUCAAGAUGGCUUGUGGAGCAACACUAAAACGAACCUUGGAGUUCGACCCUCUUCACAGUCCUUCACAGCCAGGUCCCAUCAAAAGAAGGAGAUGCAUGCCAUUGACUAUGGCACAGACUACACCGCCAACCAAACUUCAUCAACUGACGCCAUCGCCAUUUUCAGAAGUUACCCCAAAACUAACAAAAGAGGAAAUUGCUGCUAGAAUUGGAUCCGAACUGAAGAGGAUGCAGAGGAGGAGACAGUUGUUCUAUCCAACAUCCAGCAGUCCACCCCCGUCUGUCAACGCAAUAUCUAUCGACCGACAGAGCCCCCCGCCCUCACAGGAUAUAUUGGCACACAACGCCAUCUCAGUGGACAGCUUUCCUUCCUCAUCCCCUCACUCCUCUACUGGCACAUGUUCCCCCAAACAGAGGGAUGUCCCGUUGUUCACGUUCAAACAGGUGACCAUGAUCUGCGAAAGGAUGUGUCAGGAGCAAGAAGAAAAGAUCAGAGAGAAUUACGACAAGGUUCUGAAUAACAAACUAUCAGAACAAUAUGAAGCCUUUCUGAAGUUCAACCACGACCAGUUACAAAAGCGCUUCGGCAAUGCUCCCAUGAGUUAUGUAUCAUAAAACAGUGUUGGAGCUGUGUGGAUGCAAGUAGAGGCCGAGUGAGCUGCGACGACGUGAACGAAUGAGUGUCUCAACGCGUGUGCUGCUGCUGCUGUUAGGUUUUGGCUGUUUGGUUGAUUUGUUGGUUUUUUUAACACUUGUACAUUGUUCCUUGUGGGACUUGGUCAAGAAUUGUAGUUCCUAUGUUUGAUUC